AUGCCUCCGAAAAAGAAAGCCAGCAACCCGGGAGGGCCUAAGCCUGGUACUAAACAGGCCAAGGCUGCCGCAGAAAUCAAAGACAAGAAGGCCGCAGCCGUGCCCGAAGAGCCCAAAAAACCAACGGUGAAAGAGGUGAUUGGCGGCGCAUCAUGGACGGGCAAAUUACCCGUCAAUAUGCUCUCGGAGCAUUGCCAAAAGCAAAAAUGGGAGAAGCCAGAGUACAGCAUGAUCAAUACCUCAAAUGGCCAUGUAUCCGCCGUGACGAUGAAACGAGUAGACCCGAAAACUCGCGAAUUGACCGUUCUCCCUCCGAUGAAAUUGCCUCCAUCACAUAAGGAACUAGCGGCGCAGGCGACGGCCCUCGAGGCUCGUCAUUUUGCCGCCGCAUGGGCGUUGUUCCGUGUGUGCAAUAUGCGCAACAUUCAUAUGAUGAUGCCGCCUAAAUAUAAAAAGCUGUGGAAGGAGGAUUUUGCCGAGAUUAAGGCGGCUGAGACUCGCGAGGGUAAAGGCUGGCUGUACGAAGCAGAUCCAUUCUUAGCCAAGCAGGAGCGAGAGAGUGCGGCCGCGGACUUGGAAAAGAAGAGGAUCGAACGUGCAAAGGCGCAGGCCAAGGAGAAGGUUUCAUCGACAGAUCUUGGACUUGGAGGUGGUGAUGCUAGAAGCAAACGAAUUUGGUCGCAGGCACCCAAGGUGGAAAUGGGCACUCGGAUUCGGCGAGAGAUCGAAGGACUCCUCCGUCAGCACACAAACUGGAACCCAUAUGGGGUGAAGGUUUCCGAGGCGGAACAGAAAGCCACUGUAGAGGAAUUCUCCAAACUUGGAUUCCGUCGAAGCCACGUUGAGGAGGCUGCUGUGGAGUGCAAGGACCGUGAGGAGGUGCUGGAGUGGCUUUUGGUCUACGUGCCUGAAGAUGACCUGCCUCGAUGGUGUUUGCCUGAAGGGUACUCAGCUGGUGUCAGCCUUGCAGCUGGGGAUCUGGCACGGGAAGCAAAGAUCAAGCGUCUUGCCUCCAUUGGUUAUCCUGUGGAUCUGUGCUCUCAGGUUCUCGAUGGCAAGGAUGGCGAUGAGCUAGCUGCUGCAGAAUAUUUACAAAGUACAUUGGCCCAUGGUUCUGAAUUUGCAUCUGCUUCGAUCCCAGAGGGCAAUCCGGAAGCCUGGGCUGAAGAACAAGAUACUCUUGAGGCCAUCUUUGGAGAGCGCUACAUUCGUGUUUCACCGAGGCUCUGUGAGAUUAAAAGCGAGGCUUCUGAGAUUCCAGAGAAUACCACUUUCCGUUUCCAGGAGCCAUCUUCACACUAUCCCUCAGUCGCCCCGGUCAUAUCUAUUCAAGCCAAGGGCAUCCCGGCUUACAUUCGUCUCAGCGCCAUUCGCCGAGCUGUGCAGUAUGCAGAGGAGAAAUUCUCAGGCGAAUCUAUGAUUUUCAACAUUAUGGAUUGGUUAGAGAUGAACCUAUUAGAAAUCAUGGAAAACCCAGGCAGACUUCGGGAAAUCUCCGCCGUGACAGUAUCACCAGCCGCGAAUACCCAUGAAAUUCCUGUGCGCAGCUCUCGCAAACAGCGCCGGGGCAUUGACUGGAAAGCCAAUUCCCCCGCAAGCAUCGCAAUUCUGGAUGCCUGGGAGGCAAAGCAGCACAGUGCUGCGCAGAUUGAGAUGUCUCGCAAGAGACAGGCACUACCUGCUUGGAACACUCAAUAUGCCAUUGUUGAAGCUGUAAACUCGCAUCAAGUUACCAUUAUUUCCGGCGAAACUGGUAGUGGUAAAAGUACACAGUCUGUACAGUUCGUACUUGACGAUAUGAUUCAGCGAGGCUUGGGAGGUGCUGCGAACAUCAUUUGCACGCAGCCUCGUCGUAUCUCAGCUUUGGGUCUUGCCGAUCGAGUUAGUGAUGAGCGAUGUUCAACCGUCGGUGACGAGGUUGGAUACGUGAUUCGUGGCGAAUCGAAAGCCAAGCAGGGCGCAACUAAGAUCACAUUUGUGACGACUGGUGUUUUGCUUCGCCGUAUUCAGUCUGGUGGCGAUGCCGAUGGUAAUGUCGCCAGCUCUUUGGCAGACGUUUCGCAUGUGGUGGUUGAUGAAGUCCACGAGCGAAGUCUCGACACUGACUUCCUUCUGGCCCUCCUCAGGGAUGUUUUGAAACACCGUAAAGAUCUCAAGAUCAUUCUCAUGAGUGCCACGCUGGAUGCAAAUAUCUUCAUGAGCUACUUUGGUGGGCCGAAGUCCGUCGGCCUGGUGACCAUCCCGGGACGAACUUUCCCGGUUAAUGAUUACUACCUGGACGAUGUCAUUCGGGAUACCGGAUUUGCUCCUGAAUUGAAUGAAUGGGACGAGGAUAUGGAGCCGUCAUCACAAGACGAAAUGACUUUGGGUAAAGCUUUGCGCAGCAUCGGAAUGGGCAUCAACUAUGACUUGAUCGCAUCUACCGUUCGAUUUAUCGAUGCUGAAUUGGGAGAUCACCCUGGGGGAAUCCUGAUCUUUUUGCCAGGAACGAUGGAGAUUGAAAGGUGCCUAACGGCUAUCAAGAGAAUUCCAAACGUUCACCCACUUCCUUUGCAUGCAUCUUUACUUCCGGCAGAGCAGCGUCGGGUUUUUCAAAGUCCUCCCAGAGGCAAGAGAAAGGUCAUUGCAGCCACCAACGUGGCGGAAACAUCCAUCACUAUCGAGGACGUUGUCGCCGUCAUUGAUACAGGUCGAGUUAAAGAAACAAGCUACGAUCCCAAAGACAACAUGGUCCGACUCCAAGAAGUCUGGGCAUCGCAGGCAGCUUGCAAACAGCGCCGUGGUCGAGCAGGUCGUGUCCGUGCAGGAACCUGCUAUAAACUAUACACACGCAAAGCCGAAUCAAACAUGGCACCACGACCGGACCCGGAAAUUCGCCGUGUCCCUUUGGAACAGCUAUGCCUGUCCGUGAAAUCCAUGAAAGGUAUCGAAGACGUUGCCACUUUCUUAGCCAACACAAUCACGCCACCAGAAAGCAUAGCCGUCGAAGGCGCUCUCAGCUUCCUACACCGAGUCGGAGCCCUAGAUCACAACCGUCUUACCGCACUAGGCCGCUAUCUAUCCAUGAUCCCGGCCGAUCUCCGCUGUGCCAAGCUCAUGAUCUACGGCUCGAUCUUCGGCUGCAUGGAACCCUGCCUCACAGUCGCAGCCAUCCUAACAGUCAAAAGCCCAUUCGUAUCUCCCCGCGAAAAACGCGAUGAAGCCGACGCCGUGAAAGCCACCUUCUCCCGUCCCGGAGACGGAGAUCUCCUCACAGAUCUAUCAGCUUACCAAGCCUGGUCCGAACGUGCCCGCACCCAAGGCCACUGGCAAUCGCAGUCAUGGUGCGGUCAGAACUUCUUGUCCCACCAAACUCUCCGCGAUAUCUCGUCCAACCGAGCUCAAUUCGUGACAUCACUUAAAGACGCAGGUCUUCUUCCAGUGGACUACAACGAUGGCGCAAACUCCUGGAACCGAAACGCUUCUAACCGGAAUCUUAUCCGCGCGCUCAUCGCAGGAGCGUUCCAGCCACAGGUUGCACAGAUUUCAUUCCCGGAUAAGAAAUUUGCCAGCUCAGUCACCGGUACUGUUGAGGUUGAUCCGGAUGCACGAACAAUCAAGUAUUUCAACCAGGAGAAUGGACGUGUUUUCAUUCAUCCUAGUUCAAUUCUUUUCUCUGCGCACGGUUAUCCCAGUUCUGCUGCGUAUUUGAGCUAUUUCACCAAGAUGGCAACGAGUAAGGUUUUCAUCCGCGAUUUGACUCCAUUCAACGCAUACUCAUUACUCCUCUUCUGCGGCUCCAUCACUCUCGACACGAUGGGCCGUGGACUGGUUGUAGACGGCUGGCUCCGGCUACGUGGUUGGGCAAGAAUCGGUGUGCUUGUUUCACGGUUGCGCACAAUGCUGGAUGAGGCACUUGCGGCGCGGAUUGAUAGCCCGGCAUUGGGCUCGGAUGGUGGGGCUGGAGAUCGAGUGAUUGAGGCUGUGAAAAGGUUGAUUGAGUUUAACGGUCUAGACCAAUGA